GCUGAGAAGUGUGGCUGUAGGCGUUGCCAAGUGAGCUGGUGAAUUUUGCUUCUCACUUGAUCAUCGUUGUUUAUCACAUGAUUAAAAGAUGUCUGUGAAGGUAGGAAGAAUGCCGAAAGAAAUUAGUUCAAGUGCUGCUGCAAAAGAACAUACUUUGGUUGUGACGAGGGAUUUUAUAUCUCAGCCAAGAAUUACAUACAAAACAGUUUCUGGUGUAAAUGGCCCUCUUGUCAUUUUGGAUGAUGUUAAGUUCCCAAAGUUUGCAGAGAUUGUGCAGUUAGUUCUGGCUGAUGGAACUGCACGUACAGGGCAGGUAUUGGAAGUCAGUGGGAAAAAAGCUGUUGUACAGGUUUUUGAAGGCACAUCAGGAAUUGAUGCAAAACACACACUAUGUGAAUUUACUGGAGAUAUUCUGCGAACCCCAGUUUCUGAAGAUAUGCUGGGGCGAGUUUUUAAUGGUUCCGGUAAACCUAUUGACAAAGGACCACCGGUCUUAGCUGAAGACUUUUUGGAUAUUCAGGGUUAUCCAUUAACCUGUCUAUUUACCAGAGAAAUGAUUCAGACAGGUAUCUCAACAAUUGAUGUUAUGAACAGUAUAGCUCGAGGUCAGAAAAUUCCAAUAUUUUCAGCAGCUGGUCUACCUCAUAAUGAAAUUGCUGCUCAAAUUUGUCGUCAGAGUGGCUUGGUUAAAAACCGAGAUGUUAUGGAUCAGGAGCAUGAUAAUUUUGCCAUUGUGUUUGCAGCUAUGGGUGUCAAUAUGGAAACAGCUAGAUUUUUCAAGCAAGAUUUUGAAGAAAAUGGAUCUAUGGAGAAUGUGUGCUUGUUUCUAAACCUGGCCAAUGAUCCUACAAUUGAGCGUAUUAUCACACCUCGUUUGGCUUUGACAACAGCUGAGUACUUAGCUUACCAAUGUGAAAAACACGUCUUAGUCAUUCUCACUGAUAUGUCGUCAUAUGCAGAGGCCUUGAGAGAGGUAUCUGCUGCUCGUGAAGAAGUACCUGGUCGACGAGGUUUCCCAGGUUACAUGUACACUGACUUAGCCACCAUUUAUGAACGUGCUGGUCGAGUAGAAGGAAGAAAUGGUUCUAUUACUCAAAUUCCAAUUCUCACUAUGCCUAAUGAUGAUAUCACUCAUCCUAUUCCUGAUUUGACUGGGUACAUUACCGAGGGUCAAAUCUACAUAGAUAGGCAAUUACAUAAUAGACAGAUUUAUCCUCCUAUUAAUGUCUUACCUUCUUUGUCUCGACUGAUGAAAUCUGCCAUUGGAGAAAGCAUGACUAGAAAAGACCAUUCAGAUGUAUCUAACCAACUGUAUGCCUGCUAUGCUAUUGGUAAAGAUGUUCAAGCUAUCAAAGCUGUUGUUGGUGAAGAAGCUUUAAUGGCUGAAGAUCUGCUGUACCUCGAUUUCUUAAGUAAAUUUGAGAAAAGUUUCAUUUCUCAAGGAAAUUAUGAAAACCGUACAGUUUUUGACUCUUUAGACAUUGGUUGGCAGCUUUUGAGAAUAUUCCCUAAAGAGUUACUUAAACGAAUUCCACAAAGCACAUUAGAAGAAUUUUAUCCUAGAGAUAGUGCUAAAGGAGACACCUCCAAAGCUUAAUAUAAAGAUAUUUAUUUUUCUGGUUUGCGUGCUGUUCCAUUCCAAUCUUAAUAAAAGAACAUUCUAGUCUGAAAGUUAAAUGAACUUUUUGUAUAUCUUGUAUGUGAGAGUGGUAUCAGUUUUUUAUUGUUUUUUAAGGAAAAUUAUUCAUUCCUUUCAUAUUUAAGGUAAUUUAUGAUUCAAAAUUUCAUAUUUUCAUAAAGUUGUUUUAACAGUUUAAUGAGUUUCAUUACGUUACUUUUAUCUUGUUAGUUGACAUAUCAUUAUCACAACUUUUUUGUAAUUUGAAGUAAUGGAUAUAUAUAUAUUCUUUUGUGAAUUUUUAAAGACUGAUUGUCAAAUUUUUAGUACAUUAAAUUUAAAUAUAAUAGUUGAAGACUUGUUAUAUUGCAAUCAAAUCUGCACAUUGUUAAAUUUGUCAAAUUAUGAAAUAUGUUAGGUAUUUUAAUUGCUUUAUGGACGUAAAAGAAAUAGCCAUAUUAUUCAUACAGGAUAUUAAAAUAUUUUUAUUUGAUUUUGGUGUGUAUUAUCAGACAUUGAUGUUAUUAAAGAUUUAAUAUAUUCAAGAAAUGUUCAGUGGUACACAAGAUAGAAUAAAAUAUGCUCAUAUAGCAUAUUAUUAUAUCAGAUGUACUUAAUCAAGAAAUUGUGUUAAUAUCCCAUGUUGAUUGUGAAAUGUAUAGAAAUAAAGUGUUUAGAAAUAAAUA